CGAACCCUUGGUCUAUGAGCGUUUGAAUUCAACGCGGGGAGUGUCUUCCCUUCUAACGCCGAAAUUUCUGCAAACUUUCGACGCGUUCCAUGAGGUUUCCAACAGCCUGAAUAGAAAACCUCCGACUAGCAAUCAAACCCAGUCAACAUCGUGGGACGAGACGAUGCUCUAGCUAGAGCCAACUCGGCAAAUAACAACUGAUAACAAUUAGAUUAGAUAACACGCGACGAUAAUGCUGGAGGGUAUGGUGCACUGCGCUAGUUCACGUUCAACAAAGAUGGGCGCAGGCAACAGCAAAGAGUUCGAUCAAGCGGCGCCGCGGCGCAAAUCACGACGGAAAUUCUACGGGGUCCUGAAACACAACUUUGACCUCAUCGAGCACAAGCUGAAACCGGACCGUCUUGCCGACGAUGAGUACGAGAUCGUUCAUCAGCUGAUCGAGGCCAACAAGAACGAACUUCUGGCGGUAGUGGCUGACGUGCAGGCGAAACCCAAGUACAAACAACUCUACGACGAGUGUAUGGCAACAUGCGAUAGGUUUGCGGAGGAGCUCCGGACAAAACGCAUCCCAUCAUCAGCACCUUCAUCGCCAGGUCCUAAAAAACGUAAAAAGAAAAAAAUGCGGAAGGAGAGAAAGACUUUGCUCACUCCAGAAGAAGAAAGCUUCGCAGCGAUUCACGCUAUCCGUGCUGAAAUGGUACCACUACGCGACGAGGUGCUCACAUUUAAGGGACAACGUGACGACAGAAUCUACCACUUUCUGCAAGAGAGCUUCCAUCGAUACGUGAAGAAACUGUGCGCCAUUGAGCUGCACGAGCGUGUACAGCUAAAAUACGAAUUGCGAAUUGCGAUUGCCUACGCGCAAGAGUCGCAAGAAGUGCUGGAUGAGAUCUGUGCAGGCAGGCGCCCUCCGUCGCUACAACAACAGCUUAGUGUGGAUGAGAGGCGAGUGGUCUCCAUGCAUCAGAACUACGCCGAGCAUCCCACAAAUGGACAUUUUGUCAAAAACACCACGAUUACACGCAAACGCAGCAAGUCAAUGGGCGAUUACCUCCAUAAAACUGGUGAUGCGGACUUCUGCGGCAGUAAGAAAUCCUUUUCCGAGUAUCCUGAUUCUCCAGACUACUCCAGCGACAGCGACUAUGCUCAGACUAGUGACUUCUCCGAUGGGCCAAAAACUCCACACUCCAUCAACUCUACUUUCACGUACAACUUUAAAGUCACGUCGAUUUAGAUUUAGUUCUAAUUUUAGUUUAAGCACGAGCUCAACGAUUCUGUACAUUCCUUACUAACUUAGAGGAAGUGAUAAACUACGUUAUAAACUCUGUUACUAGCAGAGGUGGUAGCCUUGAUUACGUGUCCGACACCCUACUCUAUGAUUCCAGCAAUCCAACAGCGACACAACAACGGUAAUCAAAUCUGCGGCAUUAUCUAACGCAGCUUUGCAAUUUACCUUCUAAAUAUGAAUAGUUUAUAAGAUAAACGUCGUAAUAUAUUGUAAAAUAUUCUGAAAUUAAACGCUUUGCGGGGAGAUGAGAAUGAGAAAGAUUUGAAUGGCUAAAAUGUACGACACAAAUUUCUUGAAAUUAAUAAUAAAACUUGAAAAAGUUGCAAACUGA